AUGAGAGGACUCUCCAUCUUCCCGAUCUUCGCGAUUCUCACCGUCCACUGGCUACUCGCCGCCGCGACCUCACAAUCCCCCGGAUUCGCCGCAGAUUUCAUGCCGAUGGAGACAGAGUGUACAGGUUCCAUCGCCGAGUGCUCCUUAUCCAACCACGGAGAUCUCUUUCACAGCGUCGGCGAGGAAGCAGAGACGGAGGAGUUCGAGAUGGACUCCGAGAUCAACCGGCGCAUCUUAGCGACGGCGAGGUACAUAAGCUACGGUGCGCUGAGGAGAAACACGAUUCCUUGCUCACGCCGAGGCGCAUCUUACUACAAUUGCCGACGUGGAGCUCAGGCCAAUCCUUACUCUCGUGGCUGUAGCGCCAUCACUCGCUGCAGGCGAUGA